CCACAAACGGUGCUUUUACCCUAAUUACUUAGUCAUCAAAUUUUAGUUCACGUUGUAUUUCCACGUGUCACGUAGGUCACUGACGUCAAAGUGCAAACUUGAAAUUAAUAUAAAUACAAUAACUAAAAUUUAAUUUCUAACAUUCACGUUGCAUCGAUCACUAUUUGUGGCUACUUGUUGAUCAAUAUGUCUGACUCUUCGGAAAUAAUCUUCUCGCAAUAUGCACAAGACCCUCUGGAGAACUUUACGCAGCACUGCGAAGAACUGUUCGGUGUGCAGCCUGUUGAACCGAAGACAGAAAGAAAAGGGAGGUCUAAGAGAGAUGCGAACAGUAAGAAGAAGGCGAACAUCUCAUCUAGAUCAUUUGUCAUACGCAAAGAUCGGAAGGGUUCAAAGCUGAUCCAAAUAAAGAUUAUAGACCUAACCAGAGACGCUGUAUCGUUAUCACAGACGCAACAGACUGAUGUGGAAAGUGCGGACAAUAACGUGGUACUCAGUGCUCAGUAUGUGGUGCAAGAACCAAACACGGAUGAAGUGUUAGAUCUUACAGAAACGUUAGUUAGGAAAAUAUCUAAAGAACUCUGUGGUGAUAGUUACUAGUGUAAUAGAUUGUAAGUUAUUAGUUGUAAGUACUUGUAUGUAGAAUGUAAGUAAUAAUAAAUAGACUAAGUUAAUUGAAAAUAAUAAUUAAAUGGUAAAAUAAAUU